AUGUCUAUCCAGUCCGCCAAAGGCCCAAUCACAUCGGGCAUCUUGUUCCCAAUAUUUUGGCAUAUUCUUCGCUUAUGCCUUUCCUUCUCGCUUUUGCCUGUCAAUAACACCAUUCUCGCGGUCGCGGUAUUCCUAUCGUAUCUCCGCUCAGUGACCACCCGAUGGCGAGCGACACCACGCAAUGUUCGAUUUUACCCCAAGACGGUCCUUAUCACAGGUAUAGGCACGGCCCACGGAUUGGCUUUAGCGAGGUCGUGGGCUACAGAGGGCCACCGCGUGGUCGGUGCGGAUGUCACGGACCUUGACCUGCCCGUGCGCUCCGGCGGGAGCAUGUCCAAGGCUCUAGUCGCAUUCUAUCGUAUUCGCAAGGACCAUUACAUCUCUCGGCUGCUCGACACUAUCCACCGUGAGAAGGUCGAUCUGUGGAUCCCAUGCUCGCCCAAGGCAACGUCUAUUGAAGAUGCGACGGCUCGGCAAGUCAUUGAAAGUCGCACCAAUUGCAAAUGCAUUACUUUUGAUUCCGAGUUGGCGGCUUGUUUCGCCAAUCCUGAUUCUUUCAGGCACUAUGUGACGGAGCGGAGUCUUCCUGUGCUUGAGAAACACAAUGUCCAGUCUCGCGACUCGGUGCAUAAAAUCUUACAUCGGUCGCCCUCCAAAACCUACCAGAUGUCUCGAGCGACGUCAUCUGCAAAUGAGAAGGCCAUGUUCUUGCCGAGGCGUACCAUGAGCAAAACAUACAACAUGGUCAGCGAGAUCCAGAUCUCCCAGAAUCGGCCCUGGGUCUUGCAGCAACAAUUCCGUCUCGGAGAGCUAUUUGCUGACCUACUGGUUGUGCAUGGCGACGUGCAAGCCGUUCAGGUUCGGCUUUCGGAUUCCUGCUCGUCUGCAUGGGGUGCCUCGCGUCUGGACGAGGCUCUGGCCACUGCCGUUCAUAGACUCAUGCAGAAAUUCGCAGGCAAGGGCGGUAUUCGCUUCACUGGUCAUCUCUCUGUGAGACUCAUGGUGGACGAAGAGUUUGACUCCCACUCUGUCCGACACACAAUCUACAUCGCCGGCUGUACAUCCGGCGCAAGAGCCGUGAAUAACAUGCUGCGUAAUGCACCUUGUCCUAUAGCCGGCUAUCUAUCUAUAUUCCCAUCCCAUCCAGUGGAUACAGCCAGCAUCACAGCAACAAUGUCACCAAUCCGUCCAGUGCCAAUAUCCACCCGCGGUGAUAUUCUCCCAGCUGCUUUCUUGCAGUUUCCAGUGGUCCGCUUCCUACUUGCGGCCCUAGACGUUAUUCAGGCAGAACUAUUGAAAGUUCUGUUCUGGAAAGACCCUCUGUUCUCGGUUCUUGAUCCACUUCCCUGGUGGUGGCAGGUACAUGUCUAUCAGCCAUUGCGAGAGAUAUGGGUGUGGAUGAAACAGGCCCGAGAAGCCGGACUGAGCAAGUGA